AUGACGUGGCUCGCGCGACGGAUCCUCGCCGGGACGCGACGCCCCAUCGCUCGCGCGUUCUCGGCGACUUCAUCGUCCUCCUCGUCCCCGUCCAACCCGGAUGCCGCCGAACCCGUGGACGUGUGCAUCGUGGGCGGCGGCAUCGUCGGCACCGCGCUCGCGUGCUCGAUCCGUGCCAACCCGCUCACCGCGCACCUCACCGUGUCGCUCGCGGACCGCGCGCCGCCGCCGUCGUCCGCGUGGCUGGACGAUCCGCCGCCCACGCCGGAGCCGAGGGUGAGCGCGCUCACCCCCGCCAGCGUCGCCCUGCUCCGCGACGUCGGCGCGUGGGAUCGCGUCGAGGCGUCGCGUCGCGCGUGCGCCUUUCGCGCGAUGCAGGUCUGGGACGCGGAGUCUGUGGGGCACGUGCGAUACGACGCGAGCGAGGUGGGCGCGACGGAGCUCGGGCACGUGGUGGAGAACAGGGUGGUGCACACCGCGCUGCACGAGGCGGCGACGAGGCUCGGGGUCCGAACGUCGCCCCCCGCCGCGGCGGUGGCGCUGGAUCUCCCGGCCGACGGCGGCGGAGAUCUCGCGACGAUCAAAUUCCGCCGAGAGGGUGGCGACGGCGACGGCGACGAGGACGGCUCCCCGGAGAUCGCGGAGGUUCGCGCCAGGCUCGUCGUGGGAGCCGACGGACCGAGCUCCAAGGUGCGCACCCUCGCGGGCCUGCGCGCGGCGGGAUGGCGGUACGGUCUCAAGGCUGCCGUCGGCACCGUCACCACCGACGAGCCGCACGUAACCGCGUGGCAGCGAUUUCUGCCGUCCGGGCCGCUCGCGCUGCUCCCGGUGACGGAGGACGGACGCGUGAGCAACGUGGUGUGGACGACGACGCCGGAGGAGGCGGAUCGGCUGUGCGCCCUCGGCGACGAGGCGUUCGCCGCAGAGGUGGACGCGGCGCUCAGGGGCGAGGGGCGAUACUCGCACGGGGGGCAAGGCGAGGCUGCGAUCCGCGCGGUGGCGAACGGCUUCGGCGGCACAGCCGGCGGCGACGACGCGCCGCCGGCGUUCGAACACCCUCCGAGGGUCGUCGCCGCAGCGGGACCCAGGGGCGCGUUCCCGCUCGCCACGUCCCUCGCGGGGCGGUACGCGCUCCGCAGGCUGGCGCUCGUGGGCGACGCCGCGCACCAGGUGCACCCGCUGGGUGGGCAAGGCGUGAACCUCGGGAUGAGGGACGUGGUUUUGCUCACGAACGCGCUCGCCGGCGCGUGCGCCAACGGCGGCGACGUGGGUUCGAUGUUGGUGCUGCGGAAGUACGCGGACGAGGCCAAGGCUGCGAACGUGCCGAUGAUGGCGGCGCUGGACGGGCUGCAGAGGCUGUUCGCGUCGGACCAGCCGCUGGUGGCGUGGGCGAGGGGCGCGGGGUUGGCGGGGGUGAACGCGUUGGGUCCGAUUCGACGGAGGAUCGCGAGGUACGCGAUGGGUGGGGCGUGA